AUGUUUCCCAAGGAAGUUGAGGUCUGGGUGGUAGGUAAGGGUGAGGGAGACCCUUCAGUAGUAGAUGAUGGUGACUUAGAGUCUAAUGAAGAUUUAGAGUAUUUUGACUUCAGUGAAGACAGUAUGGAAAAUGAUGACAUAGACUUUGAGGGCAACAUAGAUCCAAAUGUGGAGUUUGAAGGAGUAAGAGAAAGUCAGGAUGGGAAAGUGACUGAAAAUGAACCAAUAAUUGAGGUAGGGACUGGGGAUGGUCUUCAUUUGUCUGAUGAGGAUAGUGGGAAAGAUAGUGAUGAUCAACAGGAGUAUAAGUGGCCAAUGUAUAAGGCAAGAACAGAGGUUAAAAUCCCUAAGCUCUCAAUUGGACUAACAUUUGCAAGUAAGGCUGAAUUUAGAGAUGCAGUCCACAGCUAUGCAUUUGGUAAUGGCAAGGAAUUGAAGUUCACUAAAAAUGACAAGAGUAGGAUGUGUGUUAGAUGUACACAACCUGGCUGCCCUUUUAAAAUAAAUGUGUGGAAAGUGAAAAAUGAGUUGUCCUGGAGAAUUGCUAGUUUUAAUGAAGACCAUGAUGGUUGUGGAUGGGUGUAUGAGAACAAAAUGGUGAAAUCAACAAGAGUUGCAAAGAGAUGGAUGAAGGAGAUUGGGCACAACAGUAACUGGUCAACUGCUCAAUUUAGAGAUCAGGUUAAAACUGAUGAGGGAUUUCAGUUCAGUAAGAAGCAAGCAUAUAGGGCUAUGAAAAAAGCUAAGGCUGCCAUUGAAGGAGAGGCUAUAGAGAAUUUCAACAAAAUUUGGAACUACAAAUUGGAGAUUGAGAGAACUAACCCAAAGACUACAUGUCCUGUGAAGGUAACAGAUUUGUUGUAUGCUGGAAAACCAAGAUUUAUGAGAAUGUACUUCUGUUGGGAGGCUUCUAAGGAGGGUUACAAGUUCUGUAGAAACAUGAUUGGUGUAGAUGGUUGCCAUUUGAAACACACAUUUGGAGGUCAAUUGUUAACUGCUGUGGGAAUAGAUGGGAAUGAUAGUAUCUUCCCCCUGGCCUAUGUGUUUGUUGAAGGAGAAACCAAAGAGUCUUGGAGCUGGUUCUUGCGGUUGCUUAAGACAGAUUUAGAGAUCACAAGGGAAGCAGAAGAACAGUUAACAUUUAUCUCAGACAAACAGAAAGGCCUUCUUCCUGCAUUUGAAGGUGUGCUACCAAAUGCCUCACACAGAUUCUGUGUGAGGCAUCUUCAUGGCAACAUGAAAGUAGCAGGAUUUAUGGGAAAAGCUAUCAAGGAUACAUUAUGGGCAGCAGCAAAGGCAACAACUGUCAACAGUUCCAAUGAUGCUAUGACUGAAUUGAAGAAUGUAGAUGUGGAGGCAUAUAAAUGGCUAGGAGAUAAGCACCCUUCAGAGUGGUCAAGGUCCCAUUUCACACCCUAUGCUAAAUGUGAUGCAUUAGUUAAUAAUAUCUCUGAAAGUUUCAAUGCCAUGAUUUUAGAUGCUAGGGAACAACCUCUGAUUUCUGCUGCUGAAAGUAUUAGAAAAAUGUUGAUGUGUAAAAUAUUUGAAAAUAGGCAAAAAGCUUUAAAUUGGAAGGGACAUUUCUGCCCUAACAUUAUGAAAAAGAUUGCAAAUGUUGAGCAUGCUGCUGGUGGUUGUUUAGGGUUCCAGAGUGAUGAAAAUCUGUUUGAGAUUAAGUGUAUGGCAGGGAUAGGGGUGUUAGAGCAGCAUAGAGUUGAUCUUUUCAGGCGUACUUGUAGUUGUAGGAAGUGGGACUUGACAGGGAUACCAUGUAAACAUGUGGUGUGUGCCAUUAGGAUGAGACAUGGAAAUGGUCAUGUGCAUGAAUAUGUACACCCUUGCUAUUCAAUAAACACAUACUUGAAUACCUAUAGUGGGAGGAUACACCCAAUAGCUGGUCCUAAAGAAUGGCCCAAGUCAACCCAGGAACCACCACUGCCUCCUCUCUAUAAAAGGAAGCCUAGGAGACCAAAGAAGUUGAGAAAGAUGAGCAGAGAAGAGAUAACCAAAGAUGGGACACACAUGAACCCUGGGUGUGCUGAUUAA